AUGACGGCUCAUCCUCGGAGAUGCUGGGAGAAAUGCAGGGGAGGGGGCUGCUUCUGGUGGGUGGGACGAACUGAGCGCUAUAGAAAGGGGGAUGCUGCAGCCCAGUCCCCUUCAUAUCGCUCUCCACCCAGCCCUAGAAUAAAAUCCACCGGUGACGUGCGCGCAGGGAAGCACCCAGCAGUAUGUGCGCGCCCACGGGAGGGGCCGAUAGAAAAUGGCGAGUCUGUGCAAAAGGCAGCAAUGCACGAUAGAGAGGCGCGGCUUUCGGCAGGAACUUGACUCUUGGAGGCACAAACUCAUUCACUGUGUAGGCUUUGAGAGCAUCUUGGAAGGCUUGUUUGGGCCGGGACUAGUCAAAGAUAUCACUCUGUUUCAAGACUGCGAGCCAGAAGAAGUGUCUGACUGGUCCUUUGAUGAAAACUGUCUCUUCUGCUGCUUAAGACGUGAGAAAGUCAAGGACUACAGUGUAGAGAACGGUGGAGGCAGCCACGUGCUGUCGGAGUGUGAAGACUUCAAGCAGGAGCAGUCUCGGAUCAGCCGGCUGGAGAGACAGGCCCAAGACUUCCUCAAUGCUGUUUUCCACAGAAAAGACCUCCCAAGUUUCUCAGACCCUCACAUUCCUCUAGUGGCUCGUGAGAUCAUGCAGCGAAUGAUCCGCCAGUUCGCUGCCGAAUAUACCUCAAAAACUACUCAGGACGACCCGCCCCUGCCCAACGGCACCAUGAAGGACCAAAGCCUGCCAAGAGCGGUGUCUCUGGCCCCGGCCCCAAACUCCCCUCCAGGGCCCCUGCCUGCGCCAAGCUCCCCUCCAUCGUCUGCCUCCUCCUCUCCAUCCCCAACCCCGGGGCUCGGCUUCAGCCCCACCUCCGCUGCUGCCGCCUCAGCACCCCUCUGCACCCAGAGCAGCAACGGUACGGGAGCCGGUAAUGGUGGAGGAGGAGGAGGCACAGCUGCUGCCUCUGCACAGAAUCCUGUCCUCAGCAAGCUUCUCAUGGCCGACCAGGACGGCCCGCUGGACCUCACCGUUAAAAAGAACCAGGCUGAUCCAGAGCCCAGCCAGCAGGACGGUGUCCUGGACCUCUCCACCAAGAAGAACCACAGCACAGGCAGCCCUAAACCCGGUUAUACCGCUGCAACGGGGGUCAAAGGGCGUUCCCUCAAAAUGGAACACAACCUGUCAGAGGUGGAGGAGGAGGACGGCCUGCUGCAGAGAAGUUUGCAGGACGGACUGAGGGAGAACUGCUCCAACUCCUUCAAGCCGCCACUGGCCCGCUCACUGCGUAUCAAGGAGGAGCUCCUCAGCCAGAAGCACCGCCUUUUGAGCCAGCCCGCUGCCCUCUCAUUGGCUAAUCUCGAGUCAGCUGGCUUGCUCAACCACGGGCAGUCCCACUCCUUGCUUGGCCAGAAGGGCUCUUCCUCUUUCUGGGGAAGCAAGGCCCACCUUGAAAGCCUGAUGAAACUAAAGCAGGCCAGUGGAGCUCUGAGCGACCUCAAAGAUCUGCCAACAUUCCUGGAGAAUCACCACCACAACCACCACGGAGCCUUCUCCUACAAGAGUUCCCUCCACCAUCACCAUCACAAUCAGGUCUCGAAGGCCCAACAUCACCACAAUGACGGCAAGAGAGACCAGGGCCACUCGCCUCCUGUUGACCUCAAGAUCCCUCAGGUUCGGGGCAUGGAUCUCUCCUGGGAUUCCCACGCCUCUGAGCUGUACGGCUAUGGGGCCAUGGGGGUUGGAGGUGGUGGCCACGGGGAGAACACCCUGAGCCGGAAGCUGAGAGCCAUCCUGCCCAAGCAGAACCGCCGAGGAGGGAGCCUUGGAAGCCUUCUGGAUGGGGCAGCCGACUACUGGAGCUCCGACUUGGACCACUCCAGUUCCGGGCCAGCGUACUCCAUCUCCGACGUGGAGGGGGACCCAAAUUCCAAGCAACCCAGGAAGAAGAGAGGCCGCUAUCGCCAGUACAACAGCGAGAUCCUGGAGGAGGCCAUAGCUGUCGUGAUGAGCGGGAAGAUGAGCGUGUCCAAGGCACAGAACAUGUAUGGGAUCCCUCACAGCACCCUGGAGUACAAGGUCAAGGAGCGCAUGGGAACCCUGAAGAAUCCCCCAAAGAAGAAGCUCAAGCUGAUGAUGAAGAUGGAAGCAGGAGGCCAGGAUUUUCCCACUGAGCCGGAGAACACGCCUACUGCAACUCCGCGAGACGACGGUCCGCCGCUAGCAGCUGCUGAGCUCAAGGACAAUGUAAAAGAAGAGAUUGAUGACAAUUUCAAACCGAUCGACUAAACAACUUACACAUGUAAACCUCAGUCAAAUGACUAAAGUAAUUUGAAAAUGGAUGGGGCUUUAUUUGUGCCAAUUUACUUUGCAGUAUCUGGGUGAGCACAAAUGCAGGGAUAAUAUGAGGAGGAUUCUUUAAACAAACUGGAGAGAAACAACUAAUCGGACGGUUUUUAACGGGCGUCACUUGAGCGACGCUGUACAAGCAUUUGUUCAGCUUUUAUAUCCAGGGGCUUAACAAAUGCAGCUAAAGACAUUAGUUAAAUGACAAUUAAUGAAAUUACCAUAAGCAUGCUGAUAAUCCCCAGCCCAAAAACCCAAUAUCUCCCUUCUUUUCUGAACUUGAUACCCAGAAGCGUUGCUGCUUAUGAAUGCAGUUUGGGCUUUGGACAAUUCCGAUUUGGGGAUAAAAAAUGUUUGAGAAAUUAACUCCCGAAAAAAAACUGACAAAUUUGUCCCUUUACCACUCCCCUCUCUCGCGGAGUACUAGCUGAAAAUUGGUAAGUGAACUGUCUAUUACAUUUGAAGCCAACUGUAAGGUUUAAUCAUGCCGUUGAUAUUCCUCACGAGGGUUCUGAAUCAAACCCAUUCUCUUAUUGCCAGGUAGCCAUGACGCUUUAACUGCAAACUUUUUCUUUCCUCCUUAAAGUACUUUGCUAAUCUCUGUGCGGACGAAAGCAACAUUAACCCGUCCUUUUUUUGAACGAGAAAAGACACACAAAAGUCAUUCAGGGAUGCAUGUUUGUGAGUUUCGUGGACACUACUGACUCCUGUAAUCGACUUCUUCUCCUCUAUCUUUUUCGUUUGAUUUGUUUUUGCUUUCUUUUGCACUACACUUUGGGUCUGGCGCUCGCAGACCAGGUUACCUCGGCAUUGUUGCCCAUGCAUCAUGCACUUAUUAUGGUCUGUCACUGAAGCCCAGUCACAACCUUGCAACAGGUCAGAGGUGCACGUCGCCUGCACGCGCUGAUUCAUAUUCAGACGCAGGAGGCUCAUUAGCUCUCUUUUUUGCCAAGGGACAAGCUGAGGGGUAAUCUGGCUAUGAAUCAGCUGUUUUUAGGGCGGAAUGCUACCUCAUGGACCUCCAUCUUUCUCACUGCUGAUCCUGGAAAGCCGGAGCCACCUGCAGGUUGCCCUCCAAACGGUGACUGAAGUGAGCUCCCCUCACGGUGAUCUUUGCUGGAUGAAGGCCUUUUAGGAUCAGAAUGUGAAACUGUGCUGCUAUCCAGUCCAUUAUCUAGCUCUUACGAAAGGAUUCAGCUCGCAUGAGCUAAUGAAUUUUAGCUUGUCUUAGCUAAUAACAUACUGCUGAUGAGUUUUUCUUUUCCUUUUCUAAUCGAGCUAAGCAGAAGCGGCUUAGGUGAUGAGUUUUAACGAUAUUCUUCUCCCUGAAACUUCAAAGACAGUUGCAAAGGCAGUUUACUACAACGAUGUGCAUUUAUAGUGGGGUGUUAAUUUUAGGGUGGUGGGUGGGUAAUAUGCAGUGGGGUGGGGUAGAUGAUAGGUUAGGAAAAGGCAGAUUUUAAUAUAUUAUAAGUUAUUAUGACUGACUAUGUAAAAGCCAAUUCAUGAUUCUGGGUGUUUUGUUUUUCUCCUCAUUAACUCAGGGUAACUGAGACAGACGAUGUGGGUUACAAAUAUGGUAAUUUCCUGUUGGACCUAUCAGAAACAGAGCAGAGGACAGUAAUGCUUUGUCUGUGGGAUGGCCACAUGAUUUAAAACGGCAGAUAGACCUGCUCAAAGAAUCAUGAAAAAGACCAGAAAACGCUGAUGUGGGGUUUGUGGAUUUAACUAAUGACGCUAAACUUCGAAAAUAGCACUUUUCAGAACUAAGAGAAAAAAACAAGAGCGAAAGAAAGUUUGAGGUUACGCCUGUAGUGUAGCUCUUCUCGGGGGGAUACGGAGCGACGAGGAGGGCAGAGAGAUGGAAUAAAAAGCUUUAGUGUGUGAAGACUUUCAGAAAGGUGCAGCUUGGACCCAAACUACUCUUUUUUUUCCUCUCAAUUACCUCCACGACUUAAAAAAAGAAAAAAAAAGGAAAAAAGAAAAAAAAAGGUUGACAGCUUGAACAAGUUCAGUUUUGUGUAGUGUCGUCUCGUUGUUUUCCCUCCCUUCGCCGCUGAAUGUUGCUCUUCGCUCCUAACACUGCCUGGUGCUCACCCAGUCUGUGAGAUUUUAACACGAGAAUUGUAACUCUCUGCUCAGAUGAAAUGAUGAUGAUAAUUCACUCCUUUUGAAAUGUAUUGAACAUUUUAUUUAUUUGAUUUGUUUUCUUUUUUUAUUUUGGAUUAUUCUGUUAAAAAUGGCAUGCACCACUUAUUUGGCUGAUUUUGGGGUUGGGCCAAUACGAUAUAUAAUGUUGAGUAUUUCCAGACCACUAGUACAGAUGCUAAAACUCACACUAAGUUAUGAAUUAAUCACAAUCUAAUUAAAAUUAGAAUCACUAACUGGCUGUUGCAUACAAUCUUAUCUCCUCCCCACUGUGGUUAUUGGGUUAAGCUUUGUAGCUCCCUUGGCUUGAUUGUUAUGGCAUGCACGGCCAAAUGAAAAAGCUCUAGAACAGACUCCUGGAGCAAGAUAUUACCAGGAGUUGGUAUGCAUGAAAUGCGUCCAACACUUUGACAAUGCUGAGCAUUGGAAGUGUCUAAUAGGUUGUUCUGCGUGUCAACUAGGACCCAGCGAAGGACAAUGCACAGAUCUGAUAGUUAAAACAGGAUCGAAGCCUCAGUGUUGAGAGUAAAGCACUUGUUACGCCUCUGAUGAAAGGCACGAUAGCUGCUCACUUAGCCUGCUGCGAAUAAGAGUCGGACAACACACGAUUCACGCAGAAGAAAAAACCAACAAAACAAACUUAUGGCAAUCUGCCUGUUAGCUUCUUUCAUGUAAUGAAUGUAAAGCAUGGAUUUGUGCUAUAAAUAAAAACAAGAAAAUAUAUGUAGAGAAAUAAUGCAAUUGGCAUUUGAUGCGCAGGUUUGCAUGGAUAAACUCCGACAGCACUUACACUGAAUGCCCGUGUAGGCCAUUCCUCGAGGGCCAAACAAGUUGUGGAUAUUUUACACAGAUCUGUAAAUUAUCUAGAAAAAAAACUUUUCUCUCCAUUCUUCCUUUACCUUCCUUUCUAAGAAAAAGAAAAAGAAAAAAUAUCCAAGUACAUUUUUAAAAGGCCCAUUUUCAGUCUGCUCUUAUCUACUGAGGUGCAUGCCAUUUAAGGUGUAUAUUUAUUUCAUUUUAUUUGAUUUUUCUUGGGUUUUAUUGAUUGUUUCUAUUCAUGUGGUUAACGGCUCCCCCUGUCCAAAAAAGUCCUCCUUCAACUGAGUCUCACUGCUGUUUCUAAAGAAACCUCAUACUAUAUUAUAUACUUAAGAGAACAGCGUAUACCUAUUUAUAUAUAUAUGAAAUAACAAACACUAAAGUAAUGAAUGUAGUGAAGUGAAAUGAAUCGCUCAAACUCAAAAAACCAGAACAGUGAUCUGCAAAAAAGAGGACACUGUCGCAUCGUUUUUAACAGACUGUUGUUUUUAUUCUUUUGAUUUUAAUUUCACUUUAUGCUGCUUGCAUUGGAAACGCAGUCGCUUUCUGACGCGGGCAUGCAACAGUAGCCUUCAGUACUGUAAAUGUCUCAGGAUCGAGCCAAUGGGGAGGGCAGCAAUAUUUGUCAGUCGGAAAAUGGCGCAGACUUAACUACCUUUACUAUAUAUACAUAUAUAUAUAGUUAUAUACAGUUAUAUAUAUUUAUAUAUAAGAACUACAUGUCAGCUUGGUCAGCAGAGACCAAGUGUUAUACCUCAUUCUCAGUACUCUGACUCCUUUCCGUGCCUCGUACUUUUAUGUAUCCCUUACCUGGGAGCUUGGCAAAGGGAUAGCUGAUACUCUGGGAAAUAUAGUAUCCUCUACUGUUUCUUUUCUUUGAUUAUGUUUUUCUUUUCUUUGUUUCGCCUUCCUCUUGCACAGGGAGGAGGGAGAUGCUUCAAGUGUCUGACUGACCAAUAUUUGCCACCCUACCACUUUUCAGGUAUUUUUUUUUUUUGCAACAAAACCUAGUAGAGGUGUUAGAGCGACAGAUUGACAAAAAAGAAAGAGCCACAGGGAUCUCACAGCGAUCCGUUUGUUUCAGCAGUGGUUGGGGUUGAAUGAGAGGACUGAAAACUUCUCAUUUCUCCCUCUAAAAGUCAAAACAUUUUAGGAUUCAGUCGUCUGGUUUCACCCUGGAGGCACUAAGUCAUGUUGGUCCCACCCUGGUCUGAGAAAGAACAAUGAGUUUUGUUCACUGAGGGGUUUUAUUCCUUUCUUUUUCAUGGUUUAUUGUUCUAUUUUAAGUGUAACACAACUCCAGUUUGAAACUUGACAGGGGGAUUUUUUUUAAAUUUAGUUUUUUUAUUUCUCACACCCAGAGAAAUCAGAGACCCAGAGGGGAGAUUGGGGACAGGUGGACAAGUUAACCUUCCUUUAUCAGCCGUCUUUUAAAAGAAAAAUAUUCUAUCUGAAACUUUUUACACUGUAUUCCCCAAAAAACACGGCACGCACAGGAAAAUGUACCUUAAUAUGAUGAAAAUGAGAAAAGCUAUAUGAAUGUGUAUGUAUUUAUUUUACUGUUUUUGCAUCUUCAGGUAAGCCAAUCAAUUCUCUGCUUUUCAGGUUGGUUUUUAUUUGAUUUGUUUUUUUUUUCUUUUGUUUUUCUUCUGAGUGAAAGACUGUCAAAACCGUGAUGAAAAGAAAAAAAUGUCGAACAGCAACUAUUGUAACCUCACUUAGUAGACGCCGCGUGAUGCACCCUUUUCUUAGAGGAUGGCAUGUGAUGCGGCGAGCUCGCCAGGAAAGAAAGAACCAUAAUGUAUGUGAUUGCCAUGCUCCUCUCUGCAGAGAGGUUUCUUCUGUUUCUUAUUCUGUCACGCUGCAUAUCUGGUUGUCAUUUAUACCUCAGGUCCGACCACUUCAAAGCAGCUGAUUGUAUAUUAGAAACACACACACAGGAAGAAUCAGGAUUUUUGGUACAGCUCGUUUCCAGAUUUUUAGAUGUUAACCGACAGAAGCAGAUUUUGAAUAAUUGUCGUUUCUCGUUGUGGUUGUUCGUACUGUUGUUCUUCUGAUGGCAUCUUAUUUUUCUUUGUUUUCGUACAAACAAAAAAAUUCUUUAAAGCCAGAAGCCAGGUUUCCAUGAAUACAAUGCUGUAUUCUCUCUAGCACAUACAGCCGUGGAAGAGCAGAAACGCACACACACCGACAGAGACACCGACAGCAACACACACUCUCCCUCCUCAUCAGGUAGCCACGCUUUGUGUGGGCGGAUUAUAUGUAUAAUUAUGAAGCUGGAGUCUGCCGUGUCUCUUUUAGAAGCAGGUGGGUGUGUUUUGUCCACAGCCUGCAGAACAUCAGCCCUGCUGGCUGAUUUUGAUCUGGCACACCGGGACACUGCAGGCACUGCCUCUGUGAAAACCACUUUGUUUUGUCUGAGGCUUUUUCUUCUUCUUUUUUUGAUAUCAACCUGCUGAUCUUUCUGUUAAAGGAAAAAUCCUCCCUACUGUUGUUGUGUUAUAAGCGACCAGGCUGUGAUGCUCUUUGCAUUCCUGCUUGCCUCAAGUUUCUCUCUAUUUUUUUUUCUUCAGAAGUUUUCCCUCAAACUGCCUCAUCUAUUUUCUGCUGCUGUAAGUGACUGCCCUCUAUUCCCAGACCUCCGUUUGACAACCCCUGGGGUAUGGGCAUGAAUUCAUUGUAUUCAGCCGCGUUAACUGUGGGCGGAGACGCACAAAGAUAACACAGUCUUGAGCCUUCAUUUUUGCUUGGAUGUGGAAAAUCAAAAGUGACACACGCUGUUCCAAGCCUCUGUGCUUUGAGCAAAAUGGGGGAAUAGUUGGACACCUGUAGUUAAGCGUUUUGUCUGCCUGGUAAAAACAAAGCACAACUUCGAAGGAUGCCAUGUCCUUUUGACAAGAAAUCCUGUAACUCAUAUUUAUGUUUUAGAGGAUCUUUUUCUAGAGUUUUAAAAAAAAAUUAUACCUCACAUUUCGAUAUUUGAGAAAACACAGAAUAAAAGCAAGAAAGAAUUGCUCCCACGUUGACCAUCAUGGCUUCAGGGUUGGAUUCUCCACUUAAAGAUGCAAUCAAAACAGCAAGCUCAAGGGAAAAAAAGAAGCCACACGAAUGCAAAGAACAUCACCACUUAUCAGUUUUUUUCAGUAGGUGGUGCUUGAGAAACUGUCUGGUUUGUUCUAAGGUGGAUUUUUCUUUUAACUGCAUAUCCAGCUACAUAUCCAAGAAGCAUGUCUGUCUCUUAAAACAACAUCUACCUGACUUUAAAGUGCAGUAGUAAAGAAUAAUCCUCAGCACAUUGACUGACGGUUACAGUUCUCCUUGUGGACUGAAAGCUUCGCUGUGCUGUGUUUUUUUUUUCUUUCUCCACACAUUUGUCAAAGCGGCGCUAACAGAUCUGUUAAAAUGUGCAUCUCCUCUGUCGUGGAGUGUGAUGCCAAGUUUUAUAAAUGUCAAAGCAUUUGUGAAGAUGUGACAAGCAGUCACUCAGUAGCAGUCUGGCUUUGAGAGCAGAGCCGAGUAGGGAACCUUAGUGGCCGGACCCGCCUCCAGAGCGAUGCCGAUCUGCAGCAAUCAAAUCAGCCUUCACUCCCUUUUAGUCAAAAUCUACUAAAUUACUAAGAUUCACUCCAAGAAGGAACGUUUCCAGUUUGACCCAUAAUGUUAUGUCACACUAUAGAAAGAUGAGAGAGCGCAGAAAUCAACGAUGAUUUUCAAUCACCCUUUAACUCUUAGAUGCCCAAGUGACUGGACCCUACACUCUUCCAAAAGUGUGUUUUUAGGCCAUUAUUGUCAUUUUGGUUAAGAAUAAUCAUUUGUAUUAUUGUUUAUAUGAUAUUUUUGUCCACACAAGAAUGAUUUCAUGUUUGAAAUACAUUUAUUUUUCAUUUUACAGCAGAUUUUGAACAUUUUAAUAACUGAAAAAGAAGAACAUUAUACAGAACAGCAGUAGACGAAUGUCAUCAUCCAUUUUGUUGACAUUUUCCACUCUUUUCCUCCAGCUGUUGCUGCUCUCCGUCCCUCUUGUAUGAUAUUAUCAGUGAUAAAGAGCUUGGGGUGGUAGUACAAAUAUUACAAUUUCCUUAAAAGUAUAACAGGUAGCUUAAAAAUUUAAAUGGAAUGAUCUCAGAAACAUGUUAUUAUAGGAAUAGCUGGAAUAUGAAAUGAUAAAGACUUUUAAUUACAAAGAUAUUGUAAGAAAACGACCCACUUAUGCAUCUAAGAGUUAAGGCAUUCCUUACUAACACUGUAUUGAAAAUAAUGUGCAUAUUCACAGCCGGACUUUGCGUAGUUCCACAGAGCUGGAUGUGUUUUCAAAUCGCAGCCUGGUUACCACCUUGGCUCUUAACGUCUUACGUUUAAACUGAACAAUAAGUGAUUACACAUUUAUUCCUCGACCAGGGGAUCAAGAGUGCCUUUUGAAGCCUCUAAUCACAAUCUUUGAAUCUAAUCCUUCAGGGUGGGUUUCUCAAUCAUGUCUAAUCUAACCACCCAGGUGAAACUACGGAGAGCUUUUCCGUCGAAAGCAAAAUGUCGUGCGAGGUUCAGGUCAAAUUUGUCAGCUUAAAUCCCCCCCCACCCCUCCCCCUGCCUUUCCGUGAUUAUGUUGCACUGUGAAAGGCUCGCAGGCAGACAUUUUCCCACACUGGCUGUUCUCGCCUCCGACAAGCCCGCGGUGCCGGCGUUCGUCUCACCCCUCCGCCUCGUCAGAGAGCCUCCUUACAGAUGGCAGCCAGACAGACGGUCGGAUAGACGUGCCGGUCUGAGGAGGUGGAUGGGAGUGCGAGGAUGAAAUCUAAGUGAAGUAGAGAAGAAUAAAGGCCGCUGAAGGUCGCCAUCCCCACCCCCACGCCACAGUCAAACAUCGGGUUUUUAAUGGAACAAUACUGAAAUUCACUUCACCGCCGAGCGUUACCUUGGCAGGCGGCGUCUGAUUGAAAGGUGCUGCUGUAGAUCUGAAAGUCUGCUCGAAGAGACAAAGAGAUUUUUAGGGACAAAAAUAUUGCAGGUUGGAGAAAGAACUUUUGAAGAUCGAAGCGAGGACGGUGUGAAGGAAAUGUGAGGUGCCCUCGUGUGUUGCCAUGACAAUCUUGCAGCAUUGUUCCCGUGUGGAGGUGUGUCUGGCCCUUCAGAGCCACCUACAUGGACCAGCUGCUCUCUGCUCCUCUGAACUCAAAGCCCGCUCUUGCUAACUCUGCUUCAUCUCCUGCGCUCGCACAAAGCAAAGAGUUCAGUUCGGAUAAUCCAACAGAACUGAUUCAGAUCCGUCUCAGUUCGCAGACGCUGCUGCUAAUUCUUCAGGUUUUGUCUGGCAUAUUUCUGAUUCAAAGGAAAUACUAUCGGCCAAACUCACAACAAAUAUUUACCACAGAAUGUCUGCUCUCAUUUUCCCCCGUCUCCUCACACUUCUAGCAGAUUUUUACCUUCUUUCUACGUCUUGCUCUCUUCUGUAUCCACACGAGAGCAUCUGUGAGCAUAUAUUUGUCGUUCUCUUUGCUUGUCUCUGAGACGGUCUCUGUUAUUUCUGCUACCUCAGUCUGUCACGAGGACUCGCCUGUAGGGAUCUUUUCAUGCGCUGAGGAGUCACUCAGUUGCACGAAGUUGGUUCGACAAACUAACGCAUAUUCUGUUUCCACCACUAGAAGCUUUCUGUACCAUCCCUGGGCCUUUUUGAUGAGAGUUAAAUGCUUCAAAGAGGAUUUAUCAGGCCUCAUGAGUCUCACUGGCGGUUCUCGAAGACAGUGCCCUGUGAUUGUUCGCUGACUGUCGCAGUCUCUUCUUCUUGAUGUGUCACAUCUUGAUUGUUCUGUCACUCACAAGUGUGGAGCUUCCGGACAUGCCGGAGCAUCCGCCUGGGUCGGGGCCUCGCAUCCCUCUCCACACUUCUUUUAACGCUGUUUGAUUUUAUUGUCACUUUCUUAGAUGAAAAGUCAUAAACCCCCAUGCUUCCCUUCCCUUCACCUUUGCCCCUCGAUAUGUGUCGUCCUCUCGGCAUCUCUGGUCAGUGGAGCGUGAGCACCGCGGGGCUGACAGGCCCUCAUUUAUCCCAGGAGAGAUGGGGUGCUCCUGUGCAGCCCCAGGUCCUUCACCUCUCAUCAUAAACCUCCCUCUUCUUUUUCCCUUUCUGUUUUCUUUUCACAGAGGCUUUGCCGUGCUCUCCUCAGAUUAUUUAAGGCAGGGCUUCAGAUUCUCUCAGCAACAAGGGAGGGUCAUUAUCCUCUGCAAUACUGAGUCUUUCUACAAGGAGAAAAACACACGGACACACUACAUACAGUAUGUUUGGCAGUUGGUUAAUAUUUCAGAUUUCAGUAUAAAUUUCAUGAACUCUGCCCACAAAAGAAGCUUAAUAUUUUAUAGGUUUGGCCGUUAAUGUUGUAUGAUGUCUCUGAUCUCUUGUUUUGAUGGUUCAAAGUAACAGGCUCGGGCUUGACUUUUGGUUUUUGUGUUCAAAAAACAGAAAAACAAGAAAAAAAUCAGCUAAUGAGCAGGGUUGUGUUUCGUUGAAAUUGCCUGUGUAUUUCUGUGAUUCUCUAGUAGCUUCUUGUUUGCCGUCUUUAUGAGUCAUGAUGUCUUCUGGAUUAUGGUGUCUUUGACGACCACGUACCUUCUCUGUUACCUUUGAGUUGUGAAGUCUACACUACAUUGCAGAUAACCACACCAGCCGGUGUAUUUAUAGUCGAGCUGAAGAGCAACACCGGCUCAUGAGUGUGAUCGAUAGUCAGGUCAGACAGACCGGCACUUGCUGAGCAGAUAUUGGAGUUAGUCCUCAGACAGGAAGUUUGGCAGGUGAGAUAAAUAUUCUUAAACUCUACAGAAGAUUACAGUUCUGUCUGCAGAAACGGCAAACUUUUUUUUGUUGGAGACCUCGCAGUCACCUGGCUGACUCAUGAAAGCAAGAACAUCACUUAAAAGGGUAUUUGAAAAGCCUUCGUUAUUAUUUUUGACUGAUUCUGUACAUUAUUUUUAGCCAAAUACUUUUUCAGUGCUUUAUAAACAGCAAGGAUUGUAAAUCUGAAUAACUCUUAGCAGGAGAGGCUCAUGCAGAGCUCGCUUAAUGACCCACCUCGUUAGUCCUCUGGAGAUCUAACCUACAAGACUUGGACUGUUGCCUUCCCACAUGUCAAAAUUAAGGAAAGCCGCUCGCUUAAAAAAGGAGAAAGUCGAGCGCUUUGACUGAAUCUGCGCAUGGGAACGUGACGCUAAGUGUUUGCUCUUUCUUUCAGUCUUUGAUUACAUUUUCCAUCUUGGUGUUUUUUGGUGUGCAAAAAUGUAAAGAAGAAAAAAACUUACAACACAGAAUACCUCAGAAAAGAAAUCCAUGUAACCUUGACAACUUCCAUAUAUUGUCCGAUCCUGUCCAUCGACACUCAUCACCUGCCCUUUCUCUCUUCGUUUCCCCCUCUUGCUUUGUUUCCUCUUUUCCAUGCAGUGCGUAGCUCCAGUGGAGGUUCCGCAGCUUUUUACGUACGUGUUCUGUCUUUUGAUUCGUGAACAUUCUUGGUCCCAAAGCUUCUGCAGCCCACACAGCAUUCCUCGGUUGUUAUUGCAGACAGUUUGACACUGAUAUUUCAUAUUUCUCAACAGCUUGCGAAAGAUUCACAGAAGAUUUUUCAGAAGUGGGUUUGCUGAAAGAAUGACGGCCAACAUGUGGAACACUUGAAACCACACAUUCCCCUCCCCGUUCCUUUUACAUACCUCUCUAUCUCCUUAUCUACUCUUUAUCUUUGUUGAAAACUGAAUGUAAAAAAACGCAAACACAACAAACCUCUAAUUUAACUAUACAUAUUUAAGAAUUUAAAAAUGCUCUAUAUGCGCACAUAGAUAUACCUAUACAAGCCCCACACAGACACAAACACAAAUGCAUAUGUAUAUAAAAAUAUCUAAUGUCAUAUACUUUUAUCUUGAAAAGGAAAAGGAUGAGCCUUUUCCAUUGAUGAUUCAGGGAAACAAUACAGAAGUCCAGUGCAGUAUGUUAGGUGAAAUCACUCCCACUCUGUCGCUUUUGGUGUUCGUUUUCUUACUCCGUUCUUGCUUGUUAUUUCCCCAUGAUGUAGCAUAGGGCAAAGGGGGCAGGGCGACUUAAGUUUUUUCGUUAACAGAAGAAGUAGUGAAACUAGGAUCUCGUGUAGUUGUAGUCUUUACAAGCCUGAUUCUGUGAAACUGGGGGGUCGGGGUGGGCGGGUGUUUGUUUAUGUUUUCUAAAGCGGACACUGUAAAGACAGUAUAUUUAUGAAGGUGACUCUGACGUGAAAGUCACAUUUGUUGGGGGGUUUAAGGGCUGCUGGGAGGGGGACGGGGGUGUCUUCAGGAUGGUUGUAUAUAGAAUCGCUUCUCCCAUCAACAACCCUCACCUGUCUUUUUCACAGGUGAGGUGGAACUGUCUGCUGAAGGCACUGAGGGGAAACGCUUUGUGUGUUUUAAUGUCUAGAAAAGUAAAGACUGUUUCAAAUGAAGGAAGUGGAGCAGUAUGGAUCCUGUGCCGGUUCUCCGUAGAACCCGGCAGACAGUGAAGUCGUUAGAAAGUGUAUCUCCCUCGUGCUUUGCCGAGAGUGACGGACGGUUUCAUGAACGUUGACCCUCUUGAUAUUUUUGCAUGCUGGUGUACAUACCCCUGUAUCAGUCCUUUGGUUUGAAGAGGCUGGUUAAUCCAAAAGCGCUUUUUUUUUUUUGGAUGUUGUCCACAGGACAAAUUCUGAUGUUUUGAAUAUAAAAUAUUGCCCCUAAGAAAAAAAAAUCCCUUUCGAGAGAAGGAGGAGCACCUAAGGUGUUUGUUUGUCAUUGCAACAGCUUUCGUAGUGGUUUUUGGCUAAAGCUCUUUUGCAAUCAUUUUUUUCCUUGUGUAAACGAAAAAAACAAAAAAAGUGCAUAUGAGUGUGAGUGCGUGUGGCUGUGUAAGAAACAAGGUGAAAAGAAUCCGUGUAUGGUUCGCUCAUUCGUUUUUCCGUUUCGAAAUAAAAUGAUAUAAACAAAUAAUCGGUUUGUUUUUUUGUUUAAAAAUGAAAUUCCAGAAACUAAAAGCAGAGAAAGGAAAAAAAAAUGCUUCGUUUUUACAAAUUUUAAGGUUUAAACAAACAUAAAAAGCCUUUUCCCAUUUGGAAGCGACUGGCAGAACCAGAAGUCAAAGUGAGAACUCGUGGCAAUUUGACUUCACUUCUCUGUCUCAAACUCUGCACCACGUACUGUGAAAACAAGACGUGUUUGUCUUAUUUAGAUCGAAUAGACGCAUCACUCUGAGAACUCAUGAUCUCUGUGUGAACAAAAUUGCUUUAAUGGUCCAAGCAAGUAUUUUUAAGUAUUAAAAUGUCAAGAACUCUGGUGACCGCUGUUCUAGUUUAACUGACAAUCAGGCUAACUGGUGAUAGUUUCCGUCUACAGAUGUUUCAUAGCAGAUUUAAUAUCAUAUAGUAUAAGCUCUUUAAUAUAGAGCAAUGUGGAGCUCCAUGAUUUCUGCGUGGGUUUUGUCACUCUCAAAGAGAAUGAAAUUGGAAAAGCGCUCCAGUACAGCCAUUCUAGAUGUGUUCACGAGCCAGACCAGCUUUAAACUGUUCUUAAUCAGCGACUUCCGGUGUGGCAACAAAUUAAAACAACAGCCGUAUUUUGUAUUUUGGGUUAAAAAGCAAGAGCAAAAAUCCAACACUGUGGUUUUUCCACUAGUUAAAUAAUACGUUUCUACAUUUAGGUUUCAAAAACUGAAAAACAAAAAAACAACGUGGUUUAUUGAUUUUUUUAGAUUUUAUUUUGAAACGGAAAAACGAAUGAACGAACCAUGCACGGAUUGAAAAGCUUGCUCUUUUUUGAUUUUCUUCAGUUCUACCAUGUUUUAGCCUCAGAGCUGUUUUUAGGAACAUUAAUCUACUUGUGCUCUUAUAGUAACGGAACGGUUGGAAGAACUGCAUCUCUGAACGUAUCCUGGCUGUCUGUAGAAAACAUGCCUUUCUCUGGGCGCCUUACAGACCCAAAUUUCAUUACCCAGACACCCUCAGGGACCCUCAACAACACUGCUCUCACUCUUAUUCAGGUACUUAAUCCACACCGAGGCCUAGCAGUGAUCAACCUUAACUAUGGUUUCUGUUCAUUAGCCUGUUCCUUUAAAGACCAAUUACAGCCAAAAUCUUAAGUAAUCAGAAGCAGUUUUUCUCACCCUCAGAGUUUAGUUUUGUGUUCUACUCAUGGAAUUACUACUAUUCCAUUUUCUAUCCUUUAGCUGUCUCUUCUCCGUUCUUUUGAUCUCUGGAUACUUUUGGUAUGCUAUGAAUGUCAAUCUUCUUCUCAGUUCAGAACCACGCUUCUCUCUCUGACUUGCAUAAAGUGCCAUGGCUUUUGCUCUGAGAUCUGCAGGCCUGCAGAGCUGUUGAGGAACGAGGCGAGUCGAAGUGGAGCAGAAAGACCUGUGGAGCAAAUUUCAGUGAAAUUGUCCUCAUUUGUUCUUGGACUUUUUCGGCAGCCACUUCUCUCUGCUGUGAUUGGCUAAAGCCUCUGAUGUACGUUGCUCAGAGUUUGCGUUGUUGCACGCAGCUUGGCCGACGCCGUCUCCUGUAAACUUUAGAGUCUGUUUUUUCACAAAGUCAUGCAAAAGCAGUUAUUUAUUGAGCUGGUCUGGAUGACAGGAGUGUUUAAUGAAUUUUGCCUAAAUUUUGUACCUCCUACAACAAUCACAUCGGUGAUGUUUGGUGAGAACUAUGUAAGACAGAUAAGUUGUAUUUCAUGUUGUAAGAGCUCUUAAGAUUACUUUUGACAUUCCUGAUGUUGGUUUUGGUAGUAACCUGAUUUUGUUGUGAUAGCGAUAGCUCUGACUGGUUUGGAAACAGCUUGUGAUACUUGGGUAGAUGCAAGAAGUGUUGUCCAGGGGUUUGGACUCUGGUUUGGAUAGAACAACAAGCCUCUUGUUUUCUUUGGUCUCAGUUUUUGUCCUGCUGAGGUUUCUAACGUUUGUAAUCUCACCUCGGUUCUUAACGGGUGGCUGGACGCCCCGCGGCAGGGCCUGCUGGGCUUUUUUCCUCGUUUCCGCUGAGAUUUUGUUUUUGGGUUUGACGAUAUACCUCAUUCCUUCUGUCCAGCGGGCCCUAGGGGGCGCUGUGCCGAUGCUCAGGACGCUCAAGCCCCCUUUCAUGGUCUGGUCCCACUUGGACUGUACCUCUCACGAACACAUAUGAACACACACACACACAUGCGUACACACUUACACACAGGUUCUCCAAAUACCCCAAUGGACCUCAUUUUUCAAUAUCUACUGUUUACAGUUUGACAAAAAAAAAUUGUAUAAUUUAAAAAUAUUUUUCUCAUAUUGUAGUUUUAUUUAUGUACAAUAUUUUUUUGUUUUCGUUCUUAUUUUGUACCUUGUGAGUUGGACUUUUAUUCUUCUAGGCUUAUAUUAUUGAUGUCCAUGUAAAUGAGCACUUAACAAGGAUCACAAUAAUCAGUUUUAGUUUGAUUGACACGGUUUUAUUUUUCCCUUUCUCUCUCUCCCUGUUUUGAAUGCAAAAUCGGAUCUUUUGUUUGGGCUAAUGAAUAAUGAAUUGUCUCAUAAUGUCUGUGAUUUUUGUUUUCUGACAAAAAGAUGAAAGAUGAUGAUUUGAUUUCCUAAAGUUGUUUUUUUUUUUUUUUUUUUUUACUUCAUUUUGCAUUGAACAUCAGGCGACGCUGAUUAGAUCUGUCUUUGUGCAUGUGUAAAAUAUUUUACUGGUUAUGUUAUAUUCAAUUUGGUAAAAAAUAAUAAAAAAAGAAAAUUGCCAUUUUUGCCACACAUUUCAGCUGUAAUGUUGUGUAAGGUAGUAUUCACUGGAUGCUAGAACCUUCUUUUCAAAACCACUAUUCUUCUAAUAAAUUUUGUUGUGAAAAUAA